AUAACAAAAUAUCUGGUGCUUAGUAUAUGUUGUGUCGUUUUCUCGAAAACCAAAAAUGAAGAACAUGACCACGGCCAAACUCUUCGUAAUCUGCAUCUUCGCCGCCCUCGCCAUCGAAACCCACAGUCGCUUCCUUCCCAAAAGCAUAAGCAAGAACCUGGGCGCCACCGAAAGGGUCCUGGAGCCCAAAAAGCGGCCCUUUUGCAACGCUUUCACAGGAUGUGGGCGCAAACGCUCGAACCUGCCGGCGCUGCCGGAGCAGUCCGAGGUCGUGGACGAGAACCUGGGGAGCCUUUUAGAGCUGAGUGCAGAGCCAGCAGUCGAGGAUUUGUCGAGGCAGAUCAUGUCGGAAGCGAAGCUGUGGGAGGCGAUCCAGGAAGCUAAUAUGGAACUGCAUCGACGCCGGCAGGAGUCGGCGGAAAGCUCGGAAGAGGACGCUGCUGUCCCUGCCCGGAGUGCUACCGCUUCCUGCGCCCUCCCGCCCUGCUACAUUUAAUUCUUCGGGUCUCUCCAUUGUAAUUCGUUGUUGAUUUCGAUUGCAUUUUUCAAUUGAAACGUUUUGUAGAAGGAUACGUAAAAUAAAAAGUAAAUGAUUUGUUUGCAAUGAAUGUAACUAGCUUCUUUCGAAUUUUCAGUCGUAAUUAAACCAUAUUGAUAUGGAUGUCAGUUUUGUAAUUAAAUAUUAAACAUAUCUGGAUGUUGCUAAUUACUUCGGAUGUAUCAUUGUUACAGUAUGAAAAUAAUAAAUCUGAUUAGGCUAAUGAUCUAAUUUAUUUUCUCCACAAACAUUUUUUUGUUCUUUUUAAUAAAAACGACCAAAAUUCGUUGUGUUCUUAUGUAUUUGAAUAAAUGGGAUUACACAAUA